CCGUGAUGAAGAUUUUUAUGGGCUACCUCGGAAAUACAGUAUUGUCGCUCGGGUAGAAGUUAAAUUCCCGAUUGAGCCACGUUAUCGUGAUAGACAACAUUUCAUUUUAUCUGACAUCCAUGGAGCCAAGAUCGAGGCCAUAACAUAUGUGUCCGUGACAGUGAAACAUUUCAACAAUUUACUCCAUGAAAAGCAUGUUUACAAUAUGCAUAACGUAAAGUUUGGUCUUCAUCCGGGUCCAUUUAAUUUUCGACAUCUAAAUGGUCCCAUGGAAUUGUAUUUCAACCAACAAACUAUCGUGGAGCCAUACACUGUUCCAAUUCAAAUGCCGCCAUUCCCAAAACAUAUAUUCUUCAACCUUGACGAUAUUGCUGAGUUGCCAAACAGGACUUUAGUCGACAUUAUGGCUAUUGUAGUCCACAUGGAUACAAUUCAUCGCACAAUGUGGGGCCCUUUCAGGAAGAUUGUUAUAAUGGAUGCUAGGGGGUCUUUACAUAUCAUUAAAGUUUGGGGUGACCUACUAAACAAAAAUGCACUCCGCUGGGCGUUGGCUAAGGAGGAUUAUGGCAUAAUAAUUGGGACUAUGUUUAGGCGGUUCAGAAGACAAGAGUUCCUCGAGUCUUCGGAUCAUACCGCAAUACACUUCAAUCCGUUCCAUCACAACACCCACUAUUUUGGACCAAUUCAAAAAGCUUUGGUGGCGCGGAGCAACCGUCAGUUUGCUGUUACAUUUCUUGAAGAGCAAAGGCGUAGAUAG